AUGGAGGACUGUGAUGAAAAAAUAUUUAUUUUGGGGGAUAUAUCGAGCAAAAUUGAGCGAUUUGUCACGAAAUUUAUUGAAAUUUCUGGCGAUCAACUAGAAUGGCGACUGCUAAAGAGAACACAGCAGUUCUCUGUUGGUGAUUUUUCCUUGUUGAUAUGCAAAUAUAACCGCGAGAAGCACGAACAGGUCAUUCAAACUCUUGCGAUAAACCUCCUUGAAGAGUCGAGAAGGUGGAGAGUUGCAAUCAAAGAUUGCAAUGCUGCCGUGACUGAGGGGAAGGUCAACAUCAGAUUGGACCAUACAGCCAUGAUUAGAGAAGGGGCUAAGGAAGUGUUAUCUUCCGAUGUGGGAUAUGGAAAAUGUGCCUUGGAGGAGUUUCGAUAUGUUAUGCUGAACUGCCAUGAGGUGUUUGACCAUGAAGCAGAUGCUGUCUCAUUAGACCUAAUCAGAUCUCUCCUGUUAGCACAGCAUACCAAGAGACUCUUGGAGGCAAAUGGGUUCAACACAAUAGUCAACUGUAGAUCCGAUACGAAGCAGCAAACAACAGCUACACUGGGACACUAUCAACUCGAUUCACUUCUGAAGGAUACUACCUUGAGGGAAAUCACAACUGAUGCUCUUUUUGAACAACUCAAAUCCUCAAGACACAGACUUUCAGAGAAAGAUUCCAGAUUAGCUGGGAGACAGAAUAGAAAUAAGGAUACCGUGAUGCAGACGUUAUAUUUUGACCUUCAUGCAUUCCUGGAGGAGGACCGCAGCAAUACAGGUCUUCUUGGUUAUUGUCCUAGUCUUCAUAUUGCAGAAGCAAGCUGUGAUUGUUCAAGAAUGAGAGAACUGUCCAUGUUAGAUUGUCAUAGAAGUGACCUUGCCGGUCAAGGCUCCAUAGAGGAGUGCAUCCAUAUCGUGUGUGCAGAUAAUGAGUUCAGUCAGCAACAGCUCGACCUACUGUGGAGAUUAGCGCCAGAUUAUCCAAACUCAUUGAAACAGACCCAUUUAGUCCAUGGCGUGGUAACGGCACGUGGCGGCCAAGGCCUGUUUCUUCCAACUGCUGAGGAAUUCUUCAGAACGAAGCGUGUGUUCACCCAGGAGGCAACUGUCCACAAAUAUGGUGAUGCUGCAAUGGGGGAAUCGUGGUCCGAGUUGAUUGACGCUCUGACAGUUGCCAGCAUCAAGUUUGAGAUGUUGUCGAAGACAUGCAGAGGUGAUGUGAAGCUGAAUGUGAAAGCCGGAGAAUCUGUGAUAGUUUCAAGUGAAAAGAUGGGAUCUUUUGUCCUCUACAACUUUGCCAGAUUGUGCACUCUGUUUGAGCACUUCCAAGAAAAAGUGGACCAUGGUGUGUACAGCCCCCUCCCCAGCGUAGAACACAUUGACUUCUCUUUCUUAAGAGAAGAAGAGGAGUGGAUGCUGUUUUAUAAUUACGUGCUGGCGUACCCAAGUCUUGUCAGGAGUACUGUCUCGGAUCAUUUGGCGUCGAAUGGUCAUGCUGCCAAAAUACACACUCACAAGGUGUGCUCAUUCCUGUCCUAUUUGAGUAAAGAUUUCAGUUCCUACUACAAUAGGGUCCAUGUUCUUGGGGAAUCAAGACGUCACCUCCUACCACAGAUGUUCGCAAGACUUUAUCUACUGAAGACGAUUCAGCUGGUUAUGUCCAACGCUCUUGCUUUGCUAGACAUUGAACCAUUGAGACAGAUGUAAAGAUGAAAUUCUGGAGGAAAUCUGGUUCUGUAGUGAGGAAUAACAGAAAAAAAUACAAUUUUUUACAGAAAUAUGAACACUCUUAUCUAACAAAUUACCAUGUAUUGAUUGCUGUACUGUAUGGUGAUAUCUUCUGUCAAAAUGUGAA